UGGAGGUGAAGGACCGCCUGUCCCCUCUCUGCCUGUGCUGUCAAUGGCUUUCGGGACAUAUUUUAUUUGAAUGUCUGGGCGAUAUAAGUGACCAAUAAUGGAUAUUCUAUGGAUAUUAUGGACCAUACCGGCCGUAAUAGCUGUUGAAGAGACACUUAUGGACUCCACUACAGCCACAGCGGAGCUGGGCUGGACGGUCUACCCCGUGUCAGGGUCGAGUGACAAUAGCUGGGAGGAGGUGAGCGGUUAUGAUGAAAACAUGAACACCAUCCGGACGUACCAGGUCUGCAACGUUUUCGACAACAAUCAGAACAACUGGGUACGGACAAAGUACAUCCGGCGCCGUGGCGCUCAGCGAAUCCACGUGGAGAUGAAGUUCUCGGUGAGGGACUGCAGUAGCAUUCCCAACGUGCCGGGCUCCUGUAAAGAGACGUUUAACCUCUAUUACUAUGAAUCCGAUUCCGACACAGCCACCAGAAACUCACCAGCUUGGAUGGAGAACCCCUGGAUCAAAGUUGACACCAUCGCAGCGGACGAGAGCUUCUCCCAGGUGGACCUGGGGGGCAGAGUGAUGAAGAUCAACACUGAGAUUCGAAGCUUCGGCCCAGUGUCACGGAAUGGCUUCUACCUGGCCUUCCAGGACUACGGCGGCUGUAUGUCGCUCAUCGCUGUACGCGUCUUUUACCGCAAGUGCCCCCGUAUCAUCACUAACGGGGCGUUGUUCCAGGAGACGCUCUCGGGAGCAGAGAGCACCUCCCUGGUGGCUGCAAGAGGUGUUUGCAUCCCCAACGCAGAGGAGGUGGAUGUGCCCAUUAAGUUGUACUGCAAUGGAGACGGUGAAUGGAUGGUACCCAUCGGACGCUGUAUGUGCAAGGCUGGGAACGAGGCUGUGGAGAAUGGGACCGUUUGUCGAGCCUGUCCGUCUGGAUUUUUCAAGCCGACUCAAAAAGAUGAGCCUUGUAUGCAGUGUCCCAUCAACAGCCGUACCACCAAUGAAGGCGCCAUGAACUGCGUUUGCCGCAACGGAUACUACCGCACCGACUCCGAUCCUCUCCAGAUGCCGUGCACAACUGUCCCCUCAGCUCCACAGACUGUUAUCUCCAGCGUGAAUGAAACCUCUGUGAUGCUGGAGUGGAUGCCUCCCCGGGAUUCGGGGGGCCGCGAGGACGUAGUCUUCAACAUCAUCUGCAAGAGCUGCGGCGGAGGCCGGGGAGGCUGCACCCGCUGCGGGGACAACGUUCAGUUUUUGCCCCGUCAGCUGGGCCUGACAGAACCCCGGGUCUACAUCAGUGACCUGUUGGCCCACACGCAGUACACGUUUGAGGUGCAGGCUGUCAACGGGGUGUCAGAUCAGAGCCCCUACUCCCCUCAGUACGCCUCCGUCAACAUUACCACUAACCAGGCUGCUCCAUCUACUGUAUCCAUAAUGCACCAGGUCAGUCGCACCGUGGACAGCAUCACCCUCUCCUGGUCCCAGCCUGACCAGCCUAACGGAGUCAUCCUGGACUAUGAGCUACAUUAUUAUGAAAAGGAUCAAUCAGAAUAUAACGCUACCGCCAUCAGGAGCCAGACCAACACAGUGGUCAUACGUGGCCUCAAACCAGGAAGCAUCUACGUGUUCCAGGUCCGGGCCCGAACCGUAGCUGGCUUCGGACGUUACAGUGGCAAACUGUACUUCCAGACCAUGACUGAGGAGGAGUACAACACCAGUAUUCAGGAGAAGCUACCUCUCAUCAUCGGCUCGGCAGCUGCUGGCUUGGUCUUCCUCAUUGCUGUUGUCGUCAUCAUCAUCGUCUGUAACCGGAGGCGUGGCUUUGACAGGCCUGAUUCAGAAUACACGGACAAACUGCAGCACUACACCAGCGGCCACAUGACUCCAGGAAUGAAGAUUUAUAUUGAUCCGUUCACAUAUGAGGACCCCAACGAGGCUGUGAGGGAGUUUGCCAAGGAGAUUGAUAUAUCCUGUGUGAAGAUUGAGCAGGUCAUUGGUGCAGGAGAGUUUGGAGAGGUGUGCAGUGGUAACCUGAGGCUCCCAGGCAAAAGGGAGAUGUUUGUGGCCAUAAAAACUCUGAAGUCUGGCUACACUGAAAAGCAAAGGCGAGACUUCCUCAGCGAGGCCAGCAUCAUGGGCCAGUUCGACCAUCCCAACGUCAUUCACCUGGAGGGCGUGGUCACCAAGAGCAGUCCUGUCAUGAUCAUCACUGAGUUCAUGGAGAAUGGGUCUCUGGACUCCUUCCUCAGACAAAACGAUGGGCAGUUUACUGUGAUCCAGCUGGUUGGUAUGCUACGCGGCAUCGCCUCAGGCAUGAAAUACCUGGCCGACAUGAACUAUGUGCACCGCGACCUCGCUGCCCGGAACAUCCUGGUCAACAGCAACCUUGUGUGCAAGGUGUCGGACUUCGGCCUUUCGCGCUUCCUGGAGGAUGAUACAUCAGACCCCACCUACACUAGUGCUCUGGGAGGGAAGAUUCCUAUCCGAUGGACUGCACCCGAAGCUAUCCAAUACAGGAAGUUCACCUCUGCCAGUGAUGUGUGGAGCUACGGGAUCGUCAUGUGGGAAGUCAUGUCCUACGGAGAGAGGCCUUACUGGGACAUGACCAAUCAAGAUGUCAUCAAUGCCAUAGAGCAGGACUACCGGCUGCCCCCACCCAUGGACUGUCCCAGCGCGCUGCACCAGCUCAUGCUAGACUGCUGGCAGAAGGACCGAAACAACCGGCCUAAGUUCAGUCAGAUCGUCAACAACCUCGACAAGAUGAUCCGCAAUCCCAACACGCUGAAGGCCACGACCCCGUUAUCUUCAGGUGUUCAUCUCCCUCUCCUGGACCGCAGCAUCCCAGACUUCUCCAGCUUCAGCACUGUGGACGAGUGGCUGGAUGCCAUCAAGAUGGGCCAAUACAAAGACAAUUUUGCCAGCGCUGACUUUUCUACAUUUGAUGUGGUGUCCCAGAUGACCAUGGAUGACAUCCUGAGGGUUGGCGUGACGUUAGCAGGCCAUCAAAAGAAGAUCCUCAACAGCGUCCAGAUGAUGCGAGCACAGAUGAACCAGAUCCAGUCGGUGGAGGUUUGACCCCUCCCGAGUGGAGCAGAGAGGGGGGGGAAAAGGCGGUUGGGAUGCGGCUCUGGGUGCGGAGGAUGGAGUGGAUGUUUUUUUCGCGUUACAGUGUGUCUGGUCUUCCCACCAGGCUCCCAUUCAUCCCCCGUUCCCCUCUCCAGUUCCCUCUUAUCUCCUGACCCUGACUCUCCAUCCAUCUCCGGGAUCAGCUGUGGAGAGGUGAGGAAAACAAAGGUCCAUGUGAUGAGGCAUCAGAGGGCCCACAGCCAACCUGUCUUUGGAGCCAGACACAUGGUGACCAGCAACAUGUUUUUUCAAUCUUCCACCAAUUUUUUAAUUUGAUGUUGGACUUCUUUUUUUUUUUAGGUUUGUUUCUUCGGAUCAUUUUGUAAAGAAUUUUUUAAAGGACAAAAAAAAAAAAAGAAAACCCGAGAAAAGGCAAGGAGUUUAUCUAAAUUUAUAGAUGAUAUAAGAGUGUACACUAGACAAACUGAGUAGGAAAGCUACCCUUUAAAAGGGGCAACAAACAAAAUAAAAAAAAAUAAGAAGAGUUAAGGAGACGAGGCUAUCCUCAGCAAGGUGUGGAUAUUGUCCUUGCAUCUUCUUAAUUUUGGACAUCGUGAGGAGUCACAGAGUUCUCUGUGGCCUUCUGAAAGGCAAACCGCAGAGGAGACUGAGGGACCCGAGGCGCACUCCCAACUAUUUCCCCUGGAGAGAAAAUAAAUUCAAAAGAAAACCAUGAAAUGGACAACAUUUGACAACACGUGACUGAUGUCAAAAACGCAUUCAUUCAGACUGACAAUUCACACAGUGAAAUCAACACUAAAGAAAAAGAAAAAAAAAUACAUAGUUUUUUUCUCAUUGCAAGUAAUUUUCUAUAUCGUGUGACAUUUUGUGAUGAAGAAUUCCGUCUCACCAUGCUUCCUCUCACUAUAGACAAAAUGACAAUUUUUUUUUCUUCCACAGUGAAAUAUUCACAGCCUGCCAAAUAGAACUCUUCCCUUUUUGCACCCCAAUCAUGAUCCUGUACUGUACAUAUCUGAUGCACUUGACCUGCCGUAACGCGAGGACUCAGAAACAGACAGUUGUUAACGGAUCAGUUUAGAAGCAGAAAGAACUGACCACAGGGAACAUUUAAGUUGUUUGUCGCCGUCACUUGACAAAAAAAAAGAAGAAAAAAAAAAAAUAUCUUGUGAAGAAAAAAAAAAAACAACAAUAACAAACCAACGUCCUACAUAGAUUCACACAAAAAGAAACAGGUUCUGCUGUUUACAUCGGAGUCCAUACAUACAUGCAGUAUGUCCUGUAAUAGCAUCCUCCUUCCUCUCCAGUGUCGUCUGUGCACACAGCAUGUGCACACGUCGCACACACACACACAUAUACCACGUGCACAAAGAAAGCAGUAGCUCCCGAAGCGUCGGGACUCGUGUUUGAUAGCAUGCUGAGUGAGUGGUUCAUUUAACAGUGCUUUGAUUUGCUGCAAUUACUAGAACUCUGUUUGGUAAGAGCUUGGAUUUGACACACUUUACAGAGUAUAAUGUGACUGCAUUAUAUUCAGUGUUUUUCUUCUUCUUCUUCUUCUUCUUCUUCUUCCAGUUUUCCCUUUGAAAAGACUUAUGUUUAAAGUAUUAAAGUUUUGAUACCACACAUGGUUAUUUUACACACACACACAAACACACACACACACACACGCAGUCAUGAAUAGACUUUGCAAUCAGGCGUUUGUUGAAUUAAAAACAAGAAUGCAACGUGCUAUAUUUUUGCAAUUUCUCUAUGGAUUAUUGAAUUGUUAUUAUUACUUUUAGUUUUUUGUUUUGUUUUCUGCACUGAGUCUAUUGUUUGACUCCAACAAAGUCCGGAUCUUCCAUCAAUGCUUAGAAAUUUAUUUUGGAUCAUGUUGGUGCACAAAACCAUGUAGAUAAACAGCACUUCCCUGUGACUGGUUUUGAUUUCACAGACCGUAUAUGCAUUUGUUGUAUGGCCUCCUGUCUCAUGCGUACAGAGCUGUCAAUCAUUGGUUGCGUUGCCACCGGUAACCUGGCGUAAAUGGUUAUGCGUGGGAAAAGAUGGCGUUCGUAGCAAUGCAAUGAUUCCCUGGAGACGGUGACGCAGGCGGGUAUUUUGUAUACAGCCAGCGAAUGAUAUCGGCGGUGCAGUGUUCCUACCGGGCUCCGCUCUGAGACCUGACAGCCAGACAUGGACGUCCAGCUGUGAACCAUCGGUCAGAUGUGUCCAGUCACAGCGGGGCGGCCGCACCCCGAUCCCAGCCGCUCUGUCCAGGCACUGAUUCUCCCUCUCUGCCCCUUGAUCGCACGCAUGCCUGUCGGCCACCUGUCUGCCGCUCCCACUGAUCUCCACACAGUCGGCUUCCAGCAGUUGUCUGGUUUCGUCUCCGCGACUUUAUAAGCGGCAGACUGACACUCAUCAGCAGGGCAGUUGUGUCUUGUCUUAUCUGGACGCUGCAUGCCACUGAGCACGUAGGACAAAAAAGAUCGGACAAUGCUUCCACGUUGGCUUGAAACCACAUUCUCAGGCUUGACCUGGGGUUUUUGUGGCAUUCCUACAGGCAGCUUUAGCACCAAAGCCCUGGUUGGAAAAAAAGUGAGAAACCUCAGUUACUGCAAACCCCUGUCGUCUUACCUUUCAUUACACUGGCUCUCCUUAUCCUUGGAGAAUUCAAGGACAUGGGUGGAGGGAUUUGUAUUCCCUUUCUGCUCCAUAAUCCUCUCCAUGGUUUUUCAUCUGCAGUGCAACACAUCAGAACAAAUAUUUCCCUGCAAGCUUUUAUAUCAUAUGAAACUGGGAGGACAAUCAUGAGCUAUUAGUCAUAGCCGAGAGGUGAUGAGAAGUGACCUAAAUGCCGCUAAUGCCAACAUGCAGACUGCUUUUUUUGGGGUGUGUUAUAGACUGUCAUCCCUUUCCAUUUCUUCAAUACUUGACAGCUCAUCAGUUUUAUUUUGUGAGGCUGUACGCACCCUCAUGGUACGGCAAAUAUUCCACCGUCAGGAAAAGCGCUUUAAUGGGUGAGAAAGGCCAAAGCAAGAAAUGAAUCUAAAGUAUACACAAGGCUGGUGAGUUUUGUGCUGCGGUCCCAUUAAAGCUCAUUCAGAUGCUUGUCCAUGGACGCUGCCAAGACUUUGAGUUAUUAAUCAAGCAAUUAUCCUUGAACUUGGCUUCAAGGAAUUACCUUAAACAUGGUGGGCAGGCAUGCGUAUUGCUGGUCAUAAAAUAGUGCUGAAGUUGACUUUGUGUUGCAUACUGUCAGGAUUUUCUUGCCGCUAAGAGGAUACUCUUUGUUGAACUCCUUCUAAAUGGUUAGUUUGUUGAUUUACAUUUUAUCUGAAGGAGUUUUAAGAAAACCUUUUUUUGAUUGAAUGAGUGUUUGAAAGCACUACAUUAGUAGUACAUUAGUAUUUAUGUAUCUUGUGAUUUUGAUGGCACAAAAGAGACGUAGCGGGAGAAUUAAUUGACACACUUAAGUCAAGUGUUUCAAGUGUUUUUGACUUGCUUUUCAACAGCAGGCCGGCGGCUUCCUUUACACCAAAGCCCACGCUCUGACAAAGCCCAAAUACAAGACUAUUGGAAAAUGUAUAGAAACCAAAUUACUAGUUCACCUGGUACAGUUUUUAUGGAGGUGUGGCGAUUAUUCUUUUAUCGCCUCCCUGAAAUCAGACAAAAUAUUUCAUUCAAGUAAAAUUAUUGUCCAUUAAUGUAAAUGGUACAGAGUUGAACAUUGAAUGACUGGGAAAUUUGUAUAUACAGAAAGGUAUCUGUGCCCUUUAUGUUACAUUCACUUGCGUUACUUUUCAGAUUUAUUGUUAAGUUUUACAGCACCAACAAUCGGCCAUCUACACACGCACACUCCAGCUUCUCUAGUUUAAAAUCCUUUUUUUACUGUUUUCCUCUGGAAAUUGAAGUAGACGCAGCGUGGUCCUGGCUCUCGUGAUGGUUUCACACAUUUGCCUACAGCAAUUAUUUUUUUUUACCAAAACAUACUGUACUCUCUCCUCUUACAUCUGUGAAGCAAAGUAAAAACCACUCAGUCCUGCCCUCACCGUGUGCCAAUUUUUGAAGGACGGAGGAAAACCGUUAACUCUCGGUGUUACUGUUACAUGAUAGUGUGCAUAAACACGAGCUGUGCCAGGCUGUACCCACUGCUACGGCAUGGUCGGAGCGAGAGAUCUGCCUCAUGGAUGUAUUAACUGCCUCCUGUUGUGGCGGACAGAAAAUGGCUCCUGUUCAAUGGAUGCAGCACGAAGCACCAGAGCGCCCUCUACUGCUGUGCUGGUCAGAUGUAGCUUGUUGGAUUGAUAUUUUCAGGUGCAGAUAUAGAGUCUGUGAAUGCUGCAGCAGGGAGAGCUCCAGUGUUCGGGACACUUCAGCGUGCUGCUGAUGGACAAACGCUGGCUGCUGCUCACAACAAGUCUGUGUCUUUCCCACUGUUGGACAAACGUUCGUAACACUACGCCACCCUGCCACCUGUGUCCCCCUACAUGACCCUGUGUUCCCUCUCUGUUCCCCCUCCCCCUUGCCUCCUCCCACUACCACUCUGGCUGUUGGCUAGUACAGACAGGGGGUCUCCACGUGUUCCCCCGGUCCUCUAAAGCCCACAUUGUAGACCAGUGCCGGUUCAGACCACUGUGACUGAUGUGGGAGAUCCUGUAUUUCUGUAUAAAUGUAUAUUGACUGUAACCCUGUGAAUGAUGUAACAAUUUCCUUAUUUGUAAUAUUGUCAUUGGUUUAUUUUCUAAAAAUGGAAAGCCCAGCUUGACUCUCCUCAAUAAAAAAUAAGAUCUGU